CCUUCAGUCUUUUCAAAUAAAAGCAUAAUUUUUAUAAAAAUCUUUAUUCCAUCAUGAAUGGAAAAAAUAUAUUUUGAGAAAUGUGUAAAUUAACUUUAUACUUGUCCUAGUUUAUCACAGCGGUGGGCCUUGUAGCGAAUAUAGACUUAUUGGAGAGUUUUCCAAAUGUAUUGUUUUGAUAGAUAAUGGAUCCAAGAAUGUGCAGACAAAUCAGUAGUAGUGAAAGUCUUCCAGAUGCAGAGAACGUGGAAGUGGAAGAGUCAAAUAUUAUCAUGCCACAGGAAAGUGAUGAUAAUUUUCUUCUAGACGGUAGCCCAGAACCUCACUCGGUGACAUGGCUCGACGACGAUCAGAUCGAUGACUUAGAUAUUAAUUUAGACCAAAAUAACCUAUUUUUCCAUAGAGUCGAUAGUGCAGAUAUAAUAUACAGAAAUAAAAAGAAAAAAUGUAAAAUGGUAGGAAAAUAUGUAAUGGGUGACGUGUUGGGCGAAGGUUCUUAUGGAAAAGUAAAGGAAAUGCUGGAUUCAGAGUCUUUAUGUAGACGAGCAGUUAAAAUAUUGAAAAAGAGGAAAUUACGACGGAUACCAAAUGGUGAACAGAAUGUGCAGAAAGAAAUUCAGCUACUGCGAAUACUUAGACAUAAAAAUGUGAUAGAACUAGUUGAUGUAAUGUAUAAUGAUGAAAAGCAAAAGAUGUAUCUUGUAAUGGAAUUCUGCGUUGGAGUGCUUCAGGACAUGUUGGAAUCAAGUCCCGGCAAAAAGUUUCCACAGCGGCAGGCUCAUGACUAUUUCACACAGUUGCUUGAUGGUUUAGAAUAUCUCCAUGGACAAGGAGUAGUCCACAAGGACAUUAAGCCAGGCAAUUUGUUGUUAACUCUCAAUCAAAUACUUAAAAUCACAGAUUUUGGUGUUGCAGAGGCAUUGGACAUGUUUUCACCCGAAGAUACAUGUUACACUGGCCAAGGAUCCCCUGCAUUUCAACCUCCGGAGAUUGCAAAUGGUGCUGAGACAUUUUCUGGAACAAAAGUAGACAUUUGGAGCAGCGGGGUUACAUUAUACAACAUGACGACUGGUCGGUACCCUUUCGAGGGCGACAACGUGUUCCGUUUACUGGAGGCGAUCGGGCGCGCGGAGCCCGCGCCGCCGCCGCGCUGCCUCGGGCCGGCGCUGCACGCGCUGCUCACACACAUGCUCAGCCGCGACCCCAAGCUGCGCCCCGACGUGCAUCAGAUACGACGACACGCUUGGAUCCAAGCGACGCCUGCUCUAGAGGCGGGCGAGCGGCUGGUCAGUCCGCGCUCGCGGCGCUCCGACGAGCAUCACAACUCUACAGUCAUACCUUACCUGGUGGAGAGGCACUACGCCUCCGCACAGGAGUUCUUCACCGAGAGGGACCUCAGGCAUGAGCUUGGCGACAACGGGUCAAGAACGAUGUCGACAGCGGAGUUAUCUGACGGCGAAUCCACUCAAUGCAAGAGGCGGUGGCACUCCUCUUGCGGCAGACUGCCCUCUUGCCGCCUCACGUGAACUCUGAACUCUCCCGAAUGUGUUCCGCAAUCAUCUAAAGUGUUCCACACUAAUCUACAGUGUUCCACAUUAAUACACAGUGUUCCACAUGAAUACACAGUGUUCCACAUUAAUACACAGUGUUCCACACUAAUCUACAGUGUUCUAUAUUGAUACACAGUGUUCCACACUAAUCAAUAGUGUUCUACAUUGAUACACAGUGUUCCACACUAAUCUACAGUGUACCACAUUGAUACAAAGUGUUUCACACUAGUCUACAGUGUUCCUUAUUGAUACACAGUGCUCCAUAUUGAUACACAGUGUUCCACAUUAAUACAUAGUGUUCUAUAGUGAUGUUCCCCACUGACCCACAGUGAUACUAAAAGAUCUAGAAUGUUCCACAGCAUUUCAUGCUGUGCCGUUGUGUUCAACAAUUCACCGCUAUCACAACGCACAGAUAAUGCACUUUACUUCGUCAAUAUUUCAGUGCGUUAGAGCUAUGGAAUGUUCCAGAAACAUGCCAUCUGCUUUGAAACAACUUUGUGUCAUUUAGUUCCCCUUUUGGAAUGAUAAAAGGAUUGAUUUUCCGUAAUCGAUGUCUUUAAAGAGUUUUUCAAAUGUACACGAGGAAAUAUUUAAAAAAAUGAUCGUAUAAGUACAGUCGUUCACGAAAAUUUUCGUUAAAAUUUGUAAGUGAUUAUUAAGCGGUCAAUAUUUUGGUAAAACUUAUUCAUGUUCAAUCAAGUAGUCUCACUCAUACUUUUGUAUUUUUGUCUUUGCUUCUCUUUCUAAUUAAGGUUUAUUACACAUUGCGGUUGAUUUCCGUAGAUCUUUACUUCCUAAAUUUUUGUUAUCUUGUAUAAAUAUACGGAAACGGAAAUGUAUUUAAAAUUUUAAAUUUUUGACAAUAAAGGAAAACUAAAAUAUUAUAUUUGAACAAGAAACAAACAUGUCGGCUAUCAUUAAAUGCUAAAUUUUGGACAGAUAUUUCUUGUAAUUACUAUCUUUCAAUUAAGACUGUUCAGUAUCUCAAAUUAAAUAAAUAUUUUGUUAUACUAAAGAAUGAAAUUUAAACGAUUCAUUGAUACUCCUUUUAAUUAUUUUAUUGAAGUACAGGAUAAAGAACUUAAUAUUUUUGAUGGAAUAACUCUUUCAUUAAAGAAAUAAAAUGUGACCUUUAUAAACAUGAUAACUCUCGAUCACAAACAAAUUCAGUCUAGAACAUUCUUUACAUCUUUACUUUGACUAAGAAAGUGAUGACGUCACACGGUGUGUAAUCGAUAGUUUUGGUUUUUAACUGAAAUCCAAUAGAAAUAAUGUUUUCUGUAAAAAGAGAAAAACUGCAAUUACAAAUAGUGUAUAGUCCUUACGGUUAAAAACUUAAUAUCUAUAUUCCGGUAGUUUCACGCAAACAUACCCUAACUUCAUACUAUUAGAACAUAGUUACAUCGCUUUGUGACUAUUAUACGAUUCAAACUUUAUAGUUGCUCGUAAUUAUCUGCGAACAUAAAUGUUUUGAAGUGGGCUCAUUGCGAAUUAAGUCAAUUAGAUACAUAAAUUAGUGCAAAAAACU